CGUUUUGAAAUGAGACGAUGCUUUCACUGUUAUGACGAGUUUUCACAUUAGAUAUUAGGAUUAUAACUCUUUCUACUGGUCUGAAAUUAGAUGGAAACUUAUGGCAAUAUCUAGCAGCUAUUACUAAUGGGUUCUCAAACGCUGGAGGUCGUACGACUUGGACUGUGGGCCUCCUUAACUGGAGGAUGGUUCUACGAUCCUCAUCAGGGUCUAUUCACAAAUACUGUACAUUUUUAUCUAUGGAUGUUUCUGGUAUUGCUACCAUUCUCUCUUUAUCUGGGUACACCAUCCAUCUCAUCAACAUGGAUUUGGCUUUUGUAUUCUAUCAUUAUUGGCAUCCUUUUUAUCUUUAUCAAAUUGAUAAAUCAUCGAUUACAUAACAUGUUUGAUGGUGAGGAAAUACCACAAAGAAAGAUAGAAGACAAACAAAGUGAAGAACAAACAGAUGAAGUUGAUCAGAAUGAGCACACCUUUCCAAAUCAAGAUGGUGUGGAAACAAUUGCACUUCAAGUUUUGGCUACAACAUCUGAGACAGAGAAUGCAAGAACUUCUGUCAGUGAGAAUAAUGAGGAAGAUAAACAUGAUGAAAAUGUCAUUGAUCCAGACCAGGAUACAAGUAAUGCUGAUGCUUCAGUAAUAACAGAGAGUAUGUUGGAAAAGUUGAAAGUUCACAAUCCAGCAGAAAUACCAACAAACAGUGAAGCUAAAAAUAUUAAUUUACUGAAUGACAAUAUGAAUAGUGUCAAACCAGAAAUGAACGUGAUUCAAAGUGAGGUCAAUAAUGAGGAAAAUAUUGAUAAAGUAAUUACAGCAGAGCUUUCCACAACUGAUGUUAAUGAAGAAUCAUGUGAUCUCAAAAAACUAGAACUUCUGUCUGCAACAAAUGAUGAAUCGAAAAAUAACGAUGAUGUAUCACAAUCACGUGAAAGCAGUGGUGAUAUAGUUGAACCUGUUAUGGGUGCAGGCUGUGUGGAGCUUUAUGCAGAAGUUGAUACAGCUUCAAACCUUCGCCUGGAAGAAUCAACAAAUAUUGCAUCUAGCAAUAGUUCAGGCCUUAAAGAUAUCACUCGUCCUGGCACCCCUAUGCCAGGACGAAUAUCCCGAAAGAGUUCCUUACAUGACCACCAAUCAGAUGACAUUGAUGAAAUCCUGAAACAUGCACUAGCCUCUGGGGAACAUCAUCUUAGUGAUACAGAAUUACCAGCUGAAGAGUCAAGUUCUCGUCGAAACCGUCGUUCUCUUCCUCGUCGAACUCCUGGUAUUCGACGGCGUCGCCCUCUGGAAACAAAUGAUAUGGAAAGUUUUAGUUUGUUGAUAAGUGAACCUCCAAAUGAGACAAGUGUUUCACAAUGUCGUGAACAUCAUAUGGCAGAAUCACAUGAUGAUACCACUGCUGGCGCAAUUCACCAUUACCAAGACGAACAUGGCAACAUUUGUCAAUACAUGUUUCAAAGUUCAGGACCAACAUUGGAUCCCUUUCUUGAUUUUGGUCAACUUGAAAGGCCUCAUGUGAGAAUAAUGAAAGACGAUUGGGAAACAAGCAGUGGAUCUUCAGCAAAUCCAGAAUUGUUUUCUGACUUGCACACGACGUUGGAGACAUGCUCAGACGUUUCAAAUCCUAGUAACAAGGUCAACACAGAAAGAAAAUCUCGAUCAAGGCGGAAAGCCACUAGUAUAUUCAAGUUUCAACUUAUGCCUGGGAAAUAUAUAAAGAUUGCCUUCGAUCGCUUGGCAUUACUUGCUCUUUUUGAUAGAAACAAAUACGUUUAUGAAACAAUACUGGCGGUUGUUCUCGCUGUGUUAUCGUCAGUCCUGGGAUACCGGCUACUCUUGGAAGAUUUCUACACCGAUUUCUGGAUUUUUGUUUUCUGUUUUGUGUUGGCUGGAUGUCAGUUUUCAUUAUUAAAGAGUGUUCAACCGGAUGCCUCUUCGCCAACGCACGGCUUCAAUCAUGUGGUACUUUUCAGCAGGCCUGUGUACUUCUGUGUAUUAGCAACUGGCGUGUUAAUCCUUGAUAAAAUAUCAGACUAUGAUUUCCAGUGUGUAUCUGUCUAUACAAUACCACUGUGUAGUCCACGAUCCGUGGCUUAUGUCAAAGAUAUUAUGCUAGGUUUCAUACUUUCUUUUCCAAUCAUCUUCCUGUUUGGUUUGCUUCCUCAAAUCAAUACAUUCUCUAUGUUCAUCUUAGAGCAACUAGAGGUUCAUGUUUUCGGUGGAAAUGCUAGCACAAAUCUCAAAGGAGCGAUUUACGCGUUUUUUAGAAGUGUCUUUGCAGUAGGAUUUCUUUUUGGUUUCUGCUAUGGUGCGCUAGACGAAACUGCGGAUGAUGUUGCUGGGCAACAUAUCUUAUUCAGUGUUUUCAGUGGAUUGUUAGUGGCGUUAUCCUACCAUCUUAGUCGCUCUGUCAGCGAUCCUAUGCCUUUUUGGAAAUUGGUCAAAUCUUUGAUGGGACCAGAGAGAGAAAGUGAUGGCAAUCCCGAGGAAAUCUACGAUCCUUUGCCAUUGAAACUUCAACAGACUUUUAUCACCCGAGCUCACAAUGAUGUUAUUAUAUGUUCCAUAUCUGCCGUGUUUGUCUUUGGGGUUCACGUGAGCAAAAUUUUCACAGAGUUAAACCCAUACGUCAGUUACAUGUUCUACUGCAUUGCUGGCGUUCUUGGGUUCAUUGUUCACUAUCUUAUACCACAACUAAGAAAAUCUUUACCAUGGCUCUACUGUGCUCGACCAAUACUUAGAAGCCGCGAAUAUCAUUUGUAUGAAGUGAAAGGAGCACCUAAACUUGUUUGGUUUGAGAAAUUGUACGUCUGGCUUUGUUUUAUCGAAAGAAACAUUGUUUAUCCGUGUUUAUUUCUCAGCACAUUGAGUAAUUACGCUGGAGAUAUGAGGUUAAAGUUUGGCACAGUAGGUGGUUCAUUAUUGAUCAGUAUAAUUGGUCUGAAGAUGAUUCGGAGUUCGUUUUCAGAUUGCUCAAAGCAAUCAAUUCGUGAUCUGGACAGUUUUAUUUUUGAAUAUGAUUACAAGAAACAUUCCGAGGGAUUCCCUGUCGAUUAUUUCAUCAUGUCCGUACUUCUGUCAAAGGUUUACGAACUUAUGUUGAAAUUAAGAUUUGUGUUCAGUUAUAUUGCUCCCUGGCAGAUUCCGUGGGGUUCUGCUUUCCAUGCUUUUGCUCAGCCUUUUAGCAUUCCACAUUCAACAAUGAUGUUUUUUCAGUCUGUUAUAUCUUCUUUGAUAUCGGCGCCGCUGAAUCCCUUUUUAGGAAGUGCUAUAUUUCUAUGCUCUUACGUCAGGCCUGUUAAGUUCUGGGAGAAGAAUUACAAUACCAAUCGAGUAGACCACACGAAUACUCGUUUAUCUUCGCAACUCGAUCGUAAUCCGGGCGCCGAUGACAACAAUCUAAACUCGAUCUUCUACGAGCAUUUGACCCGCUCUCUACAACACAGUCUGUGUGGAGAUUUACUGCUGGGUCGCUGGGGGCCUGUGUCCAGUGGCGAUUGUUUUGUCCUCGCCUCAGACUAUCUUAAUGCCCUGGUUCAUAUAAUUGAAGUUGGAAAUGGCCUGGUUACAUUUCAACUUCGAGGUCUAGAGUUUAGAGGAACCUAUUGCCAACAAAGAGAGGUUGAGGCUAUAACAGAAGAUGUUGAAAGUGACAAAGGUUGUUGCUGUUGUGAGCCUGGACACCUGCCUGGAGUAUUGUCAGUCAAUGCAGCAUUUGGCCAACGUUGGUUAGCUUGGCAAGUAACGUCUGUUAAAUACGUGAUCGAAGGUUAUAGCAUCAGUGACAACAGCGCUACCUCUAUGCUACAAGUUUUUGAUCUACGAAAGAUCUUGAUUACAUAUUAUGUUAAGGCAAUCAUAUUUUACGCAGUCCGUUCAAAAAAACUGGUUCAAUGGCUUACAAGUGAAGACAUCUUCGCUGGGCUGACUGAAUACCAGAAGAAAAAUUUCGUUGAAAAAGAAUCGACAUUCAAUCAAAAUAUUGAUGAGGAUUAUGACGUACUUGCGAAAGGAAUAUCCAGGAAUAGUUUUUACAACACGUAUUCUGAUUGGAUAAUAUUCUGCGUUGGACGAAGGGAUGAUGAAAUUCCUUGCGAUAAAAGUUCCAAUUUGAUGACGUUAUGUUUCGCUUUGAGUUUGCUAGGACGGCGAGCUCUUGGGACUGCGGCUCAUCAACAAUUAUCCAGCUUAGAAUUUCUGUACGGUCUCCACGCUCUGUUCAAGGGUGACUUUCGUAUCGCUGCUCAGAAAGAUGAGUGGGUACUUUGUGAUAUGGAUCUGUUGAAGAAGGUCGUAGCACCUGGAGUGCGAAUGUCCCUCAAGCUUCAUCAAGAUCACUUUACAUCUCCAGAUGAAUACGAUGAACCUUCCAUACUUUACGCUGCAAUUGCGUCACACGAGGAAAACCUCGUGAUCGCCCACGAAGGGGAUCCAGCAUGGAGGCAGGCUGUUUUGGCAAACAAAAGUUCUCUUCUUGCCCUAAGACACGUGUCGGAUGAUGGCAUUGAUGAUUAUAAAAUUAUCAUGUUAAACAAGAGGUUCUUGAGUUUUCGCGUCAUUAAGGUAAAUCGUGAAUGUGUGCGUGGCUUUUGGUCAAGUCAAUUACAGGAACUGAUAUUUCUAAGAAAUCGUAAUCCUGAACGAGGCUCAAUACAGAAUGCCAAGCAGGUCCUACGUAAUAUAAUCAAUUCAUCGUGCGACCAGCCAAUUGGAUACCCUAUUUACGUCUCACCACUGACCACAUCGUAUGCAGACACUAACGCUCAACUCCACUCGUUUAGUUACGGUUCGAUUCAGGUGACUCGAUUCGCGGCUGGGCUAAGAAAGGCAUGGCAUCAGCUUCGACUGCGUUGUGGCACGCUUUGCCACGCAAGUUCAGAACCUGUUGAGGAAAUUGUUCAAGGGAAUGUAGUCUGUGUGUCCGGGAACUUAGGAUCUACACGCGGGAGAAUAGACUCUAGUUUAAGCUCCCCACGCCCAGGAGUACGGCAUUUAAGUACAUCGACGAACAGGUCUUUAAGCGGAAGUGCGCCACAAACGGGAAGUAAGCUUUCAAGCUCGUUAUCAGUAAAUGCGCCAACAACUACCCAACCAUCUCCGACAGGUGGUUCCCAAGAGGUCAGUCAGCAGCGAUCUCGCCAUAAACGAUAGUUAGUUUCCAAAUUCCAAAUAAUGUAGAUAGAUAGGAUUAAAAACAUUGUAAAAUACUACGAAAUUAUUUUGGCUGAAUCUAAGAUAACUGGGUUUUAACCGAAUUGUAUAAAAUCCCAUUAUCCACGUGUCAAAAAGUGUUAAAUAGAAAUUUAUAAGUUUCAAUGAAAGUUUUGUCG